GUUUCAUCGAAAAGUCGCAAGAAUAUAAUUUUAAAACAGUUUAAAAUUGGUAUUUGCCUUGUAAGUUCAACUAUAUAAGGAACACUAUACAACUUUAAUUAUGAUGAAAAAGAAAUAUUACUAUUUUUUUUUAUCAUUUACAUUUGUCAGUAUUUUGCCAUUUGAUGCAGUUGACUGUUCUGUUGCCGCUGAUAACUAUACGUGUGUGGUUAGAUGUAUUAACUAUGCCUUGCAACAUUGUACAGGAGGAAUGAUGGCUGAUUUAAUUGAAGAAUUUGUUCGUAGAGAUCUACCUAUUGAAGAAAUAUCUUAUAUGUUUGCUGUACCAGAAAAAGCAAACCGUCACUUACAGCAUUCCAUAGAUCGAGAGUUUGAAAUUCGACACCAGUUAUCGACUCUCAUGGCUAUUCCUGUGCCCCCUAUAACUAGAACUGACCCAGUUCCAGAUAUGACUUUAUUGCCAGGUCUUGGAACUGAAAGAAGAGGCAUAGUUAGAAAUGCUAUGCAGAUUGUAAUACAAAAAUUUUCACUUGGAACUAUGGAUAACAAUCUGUGUCGCUCAUUAGGAUUACUCAGAAGUGUACUAGACCCAGAAUCAUAUAUAAAUUCUUUUAAUAUCGAACUUGGCACAUGUAUGGUAGUUUCAACUAUAGGUGACACUGUAAAAAGCAGCAAAUACAAGUAUGUUGGUGGCGUGAUUCUUCAAGUUCAGAUCAAUGAUACCAAUCGAACAGAACCACUAUCUUAUGAGAAGGCGUGGUAAUAUAGACCAGUUACAUCAUACACAAAACGACAUCGUACAUUUUAAUAUUUUUAGCAUCAUAUAAUACUCGAACUAAUGUUUUAAUACCGCACUUACAUACAAUUUAUAAAAAAUAUGUAAUGUACUUCAUAAUAAAUAGUUUUGCC